GAAAGAGCGAGUGAGGUAGAGAGAGAGGAAAACUGCAAAAUCUGUCAAGGUUUCCAGGCGUUCGCUCAUUCCUCUCGACGCCUGUGCAGCGCUGACUCGGGUCGCGUGCUGGACGAUGAGUUCAUUUAGCACCAGAGCGCUGACGCUCCUGUCGUCUGUGUUUGGGGCGUGCGGGUUACUCCUGGUGGGUGUGGCUGUGUCGACGGACUACUGGCUGUUAAUGGAAGAAGGCAUUGUCCUGCAGCAGAACCAGACCACAGAGGUGAAGAUGGCUCUGCAUUCUGGACUCUGGAGGGUGUGUUUUGUGGCUGGACCAGAGAAGGGGAGAUGUGUGGCAUCUGAAUACUUCAUCGAGCCAGAAAUAGAGAUCACUACUGAGAACACAGCCAAUAUACUGAAAAUGGUUAGGACGGCCACCCCAUUUCCUAUGGUCUCACUCCUCUUUGUCUUCACGGCCUUUGUCAUAAGCAACAUCGGCCACAUCCGUCCCCAGCGCACCAUCCUGGCCUUCGUCUCUGGAAUCUUCUUCAUCUUAUCAGGUUUGAGUUUAGUUGUCGGUCUGGUGUUGUAUAUCUCCAGUAUCAAUGAUGAAGUGAUGAACAGGCCUCGGGAGCCGGAGCAGUUCUUUCACUACCACUACGGCUGGUCGUUUGCCUUUGCUGCCAGCUCCUUCCUGCUCAAAGAGGGUGCUGGAGUCAUGUCUGUCUAUCUCUUCAUGAAACGUUAUGCUGAGGAAGAGAUGUACCGGCCCCACCCUGCGCUGUAUCGCCCUCGCCUGUCUGAAUGCAGCGACUACAGCGGUCAGUACCUGCACCCCGACUCCUGGCCUCCUCCUCAGCGUGGACGCAGUGGCUCCGAGGUGUCCAGCGACAUCUCCAUUCAGCUCAACCAGACCCCGCUUCCUCCUCUGCCAAAAAGCGGUGGGCCCUCCAAUCCACGCUCUUCCUCGGGCCCCUCGUCCGGGGCCAGCUAUCACCUCCCACCUGCUUCCUCCUCCUCCUCCUCUUCCUAUCCUCACACCAUCCACUCCUCCCAUUCCGUCGGCCACGCCCCUCAGUCCCUCCCAAUGGCCACGCCCCCAUCUGCAGUCCCGCCCCCUCGCUACCAUGCGCAUAUGCGUAUGAGCGCCUCCCCUUGUUAGAUUUCCUCUGUUUAAGAUACUUAAACAACUGAAAUAUGGGCAUAACAUUAGACAAGAGGAUAAAUCUCCAGAGACUAUGGGAUCAAAAGGGUGCUAAGUUGAAAAGAGGUAGACGAGGAAGCGCUUCACUUACAAUUCUGUGCCUGAAUGAAGUUUAACAGAUUCUCAGAGCAAGAUUAAUAAGUGAAGGAAUAGCAUUUAUACAUAUAGAAAGAAUGUAUGGAGAAGAAAGGUACAAAAUACUGACUUGCUGAAAAUAGUUGAAAACAACUGUAUACAUAUUUAAAUUUCUAUGUAAAAUGUUUAAAUCUUAUUGCACACCAUAACCUUUUUCAUCCCCUCAUACCUCAUAUAUCAUGAGCACCAUGAGGCUAUUUAUACCAUUUCUUGUUUAUACUAAAGCAAAAAGACACGAAUGUGCCCUAAAGGGGGCGGAUUUCUUUAAAUGGUGUCGCAGAUUUAUUUCAGCGGACAAUUUCUGUACACAGUGUAUCAAGAGCAGUAGUCAUCUAGUGUAGUCCAACAUAUUUGCCUACACGUUUUAUCAUGUGGGCAAAGAAAACUUUAGAUGCAGGGGGUUCGAUUUGUCCUUUACUAUCAAUUUGUAAUGUUUUUAGAUUUGUACAUCAGGGUAGAUGUUCUACAAAGCUGGCUGAUGUUUCUUUACUGGGAUGUUGUACGCUUGGCCCCAUGGCCCUCAAUAUGCCUUGUGUUUUCUUGUGCUCUCAUAUUCAAAAAAAUAAUGUUUUAAAAACAUUUAGCAGUGGUAUAGCACGAUACAAAAAGGAAACGUUUGAAAAUGUUUAACAUAUUUACCUUAACCUAGAAUGGAGGCUGACUCCUGUAUGAAUUCACUGUUCAAUCAUCAUCUUAAAAUUGCAGCCGUUCUCGUUUAUUAUUGAUAUUAUUACUACGACUAUUAAUUGAGUUGUUUAUUAUACAAAAUUGAUUGUAAACCUGCGUAUGUGUUAUAACGGAAGCUGUUGUACAUCAGCCCUGCAGUGUUUCAGCGAUCAUGUUUUAGAGUAAUAUGGGUUAAUGAAAAAUAACAGAAAUCAACAUGAGGGAGAAUUUAGAACUAAACUAUGUGCUUGAGAGCUCCUGGUGUAUUGCGCCAUCUACUGGUCAUGCAGUAUUAGUGCAUUAAAGCACUGAAGUACCUUGUCUGAACCACAAGUUGUAUGAAAUCUGUAUUCGAUUCAUUGACUAAAAUGAGGCAGAUGAGUCAGCACUUCCAUAUACCUGGUGCCUGCGGAUGCUGCAUCGAUUGAGCAAUGCAGUAAAGACAAUUUGUACAGUAUGAUUAUUAUACCAAUAAAUCAGUCCCUUUUCCUAAUGCAUAAACGUUGACCUUUGUAGAAAAAUAUCCUUUAAUAUAUAUUAGCUAAUAGAUAUUAUUAUAACGGCCUGUUAUGCCCUUAAGACUAAAAUUUUAAUGCAUAGAAGCUUGAGAUAUUUUCCAGAGUGUUAUAACUGAGAGUUCAUUAUUGUGUGUAAAUAUUACGAUCAUAAAUAUUUAUGAAAUAGGAAUAGUCAUGAAGAACAGGACUGGCUCCUGCUGGAUAGUAAAGAAAUACAUAGUAUAACAAUUUAUAUUAUAGCCAUAUUACAAGGGAAAUAUGCAGAAUUGAAGGUAUGAUUUAUGGGAAAUGAAAAGAGCAAGAGGAAUGAUUUUUGAAUCCUAAUAUUUAUUCAAGUAUUGCUGGUGGUACAAAUUUAGUCUGCUUUUAAGUCUGAAAUGUGAAUAUCUGUUUGUUUCUUGUCUUUUACUAAUAAUUGCGUUAUAAUGAGCUUUCUGCUCUCUCAGUUCCAGUUGACAUUUGUUGUUGUUGCGCUCUAUGCUGAGGGUCUGGCUUAUAAAUAUGUAUGUACCAUUUUGCAUGACUUUUUUUUUUUUUAUCUUCAUACCCUUUUCCUCUCAAUCGUUUUUUUUUUUUUUGCUUUUUCCCAGUGGGCUGUCCUUUGUCUUGAUUUGUCUCUCUCAAAGUCCCAUUAAGCUGAAGCUGCCUCACUCAUUUGACUUGUCUUUUCCUCUUUUACCCUUCAUUUCUCUCUCUUCUCUCUCUCAGCCUUCCCGUCUUUACUUUUCUGUUUUCAGUUAUCAGUUUUGCAUGCCUUUCAUUCCAUAAUGCCAAAGCAAUUGUGCCUGACUUAAGAUGAUGAUGACGACAGUUAUUACUAUUAUUAUUAUUAUUAAAACUGUGGCAUUUCUUC